AUGGCACAAAGAUUUGGCCUCCAGAGAGACCAACUUGAGGAUGAGUCAUUUAACCGCCUCUUUGAACCUCUUCCAGCAUCAAAAAGUACCAGCAGUGCAGAAGUGAAGGAAAACCGCAACAUGGGCAACUUGGAGGCCAAGCCACUGCCAUCCAGUGACCCCUCAAGAGGAGGUACAUCCAGCAUCAAGAGGAAAAGACCCUUAGAGGAAGGGAACAGUGGCCAUUUCUGCAAACUCCAACUCAUCUGGAAGAAACUCUCAUGGUCGGUGACGCCAAAGAAUGCCCUGGUCCAACUCCAUGAACUGAAACCAGGUUUACAGUACAAAAUGGUUUCUCAGACAGGACCAGUCCAUGCUCCCAUCUUUGCAGUAGCUGUAGAAGUUAAUGGAUUUACCUUUGAAGGCACAGGACCCACAAAAAAGAAAGCCAAGAUGAGGGCAGCAGAAUUAGCCCUGAAGUCCUUUGUCCAGUUUCCCAAUGCAUGCCAAGCACACUUUGCCAUGGGGAAUGGCAUCAGCCCAUCUACAGACUUUACCUCUGACCAGGCUGAUUUUCCAGAUACUCUAUUCAAAGAGUUUGAACCAUCCCCUCCAAGUGAUAACUUUUCCAGCUGCCAUCCCGUUAACACCGAAUUGCUCUCAACAGCUUACCGACAGGGGAGGUUACUCUACCACACAUUGGACUUGAUGGGCCAUGCAAAGCCCAAGUCCAAGUCAGCCUUCCAGGGGGAAAGGGAAAAGAACCCGGUGGUGGUGCUGAAUGAACUGCGCUCAGGGCUGAGAUACAUCUGCCUUUCCGAGACAGUGGAGAAGCAGCAUGCCAAGAGCUUUGUGAUGGCAGUGAGAGUGGAUGGGAGGACAUUUGAAGGCUCAGGACGUAGCAAGAAGCUGGCCAAGGGCCAAGCAGCCCAGGCUGCUCUUCAGGCCCUCUUUAACAUUCGGCUGCCCAGCCACAUUCCCAGCAGGAGUAAAUGUAACCCUUUGCCACAGGAGUUUGCUGAUUCAGUGUACCAGCUGGUCACCCAGAAGUUUCAAGAGUUGACAGACAACCUGACUUCCAUGCAUGCCCGCCACAAAUCUCUGGCAGGAAUUGUCAUGACCAAAGGCUUGGAUGUUAGGCAUGCUCAGGUAAUUGCACUGUCAUCGGGCACCAAGUGCAUAAAUGGAGAAUACAUCAAUGACCAGGGACUCGUGGUCAAUGACUGCCAUGCUGAGAUUGUGGCGAGGAGAGCAUUUGUUUACUUCCUCUACUCACAGCUGGAGCUGCACCUCAGCAAACAGCGAGAGGACUCGGAACGAUCCAUCUUCAUGCAGUUAAAAGAGGGAGGAUAUCGGCUGAAAGAGAACAUCCUAUUUCAUCUGUAUGUGAAUACCUCUCCCUGCGGAGAUGCUCGCCUCAACUCUCCCUAUGAAAUCACAACUGACUUGAACAGUAGCAGGCACAUCGUCAGGAAGUUCCGAGGACACCUUCGAACGAAGAUAGAAUCGGGGGAAGGGACCAUCCCUGUCCGGUGUCACAACGCUGUUCAGACAUGGGAUGGCGUAUUGCUAGGCGAACAGCUGGUCACCAUGUCAUGCACAGACAAGAUUGCCAGAUGGAACAUUCUUGGGUUGCAAGGAGCUCUCCUCAGUCACUUCAUCGAGCCUAUCUACUUACACAGCAUUGUGGUGGGGAGUCUACAUCACACCGGUCACCUUUCCAGGGUAAUGAGUCACAGAAUAGAAGACAUCGGUCAGCUGCCAACUUCAUACAGGCAUAACCGGCCACUCCUCAGUGGAGUGAGUAACGCCGAGCUGCGCCAGCCAGGAAAAUCUCCUCAAUUCAGCGUGAACUGGAUUAUGGGUAAUGCAGACCUAGAGGUUAUUAAUGCCACCACAGGGAAAAGAAAUUGUGGAAGCUCAUCCAGGCUCUGCAAACACGUGCUCUCUGCCCGUUGGGCAAAACUUUAUGGAAAGCUGAGCACACGGAUACCAAGCCAUGGAGAUGCGCCAUCAGUGUACUGCGAGGCCAAGCUGGUGGCCCAGACUUACCAGUCUGUUAAACAGCAGCUGUUUAAAGCAUUUCAGAAAGCAGGUCUGGGCACCUGGGUGAGGAAACCCCCAGAGCAAGACCAAUUUCUACUAACUGUAUAAAUCAUUAGACUCCUUUGCUACUCAACCAGAUUGAAAUAAGUGGAGAAGGCCAGGGCAGGACGAGUGAGCUACACAAAGGGAUUGUGCUGAUCAGUUUUCCCUUUUAGGUCCCAGAAAGACAUACAAGCAAAGCGUACUGUAUUUGAAUGAGGCACAAAAAUAUGGCUUUGGAAACCAUCGCUUCUCAUUGCCAACACCCUUCCAUGGUUGUGAAUGCCAAGACUCCUGUCUGGCAUACGUAACAGUGCCACUGAGUGAUGCCAUGUUCCUUCCAUUUCUUCCCCAGGAUAUGAUGCUGGGUGUGAUUCCUACCUAGGAUUCUGGGGUAAUAGUCACAGUUUAAAAAAAGAGGUACCAAACUAACCCCAGCUUAAAAUGAACUCAGGUACCACCAACAUCCCCAACCAUCCCCCAACUUUCCAAACAAGCCAAAAGUGGAGAAUAAAUCCCCCUUCUAGUUGCCCCACCUCUAUAAGGGUGGAGAUAACACAAAACCCAAAGGAAAUUCCCCUACUAUAGUGCACAAGUUCUCCAUGGACCCUCUUUCAUGAUAAGAUUUUUGAGUGACUGGUAAAGGCAAAUCUAGCAUAUAACUUCAUCUUU